CUCCAGUCAACGGCGGCGGCCGUCAGCAGCAACAGCAGCCAGUGGUCGUCAGUGCACGACAGCUCCGGGUGCCCCUACGAAACCCACACUCUCACCUCUCUGUCUCUCGCACGCGCGUACACACACGCCCGCGGUGUUAACGCACGAUCGCAUCAUCCUCGCGACGUGCAUCUCACCUCGCCUUCCCGUGUUCGGCCGCGAAUCCGCGUGGGAACUCGACGGGCCGGCUCGCUCGCGCGUCGUCGUCCGUUUCCGAGCGUGUUUCCUCUCACUCGCCCAGUGGCCCUUUCGCGACUCACGGCGGCGGUAUUAGCGUGACCACAUCAGAGAACAUCGGGGUCCUCUACUAAGCCAGCAAUGUCGGCGCAAGUGCAGGGCACCCUCCUCGACGUGCUCAAGAAGAAGAUGCGGCAGACGAAGGAGGAGAUGGAGAAGUACAAGGACGAGUGCGAGGAGUAUCAGAGGCGGCUGCAGGUGGAAGUGAUGCGCCGCGAGGAAGCUGAGUCCGAAGUCGCCGCCUUGAAUCGCCGUAUUCAACUGUUGGAGGAGGACCUCGAGAGAUCUGAGGAACGUCUUGCCACUGCCACCGCCAAACUAGCGGAGGCAUCGCAAGCUGCCGAUGAGAGCGAACGGAUACGCAAGGCCCUCGAAAACCGCACUAACAUGGAAGACGACCGAGUAUCCUUGUUGGAGCAGCAACUAGCACAGGCUAAACUGAUCGCAGAAGAGGCGGACAAGAAAUACGAGGAGGUCGCCAGGAAACUAGUCAUGAUGGAGCAGGAUCUCGAGCGCGCCGAGGAGAAAGCUGAGCUUUCCGAAUCCAAGAUUGUCGAGCUUGAGGAAGAACUGCGUGUCGUCGGCAACAACUUGAAGUCCCUCGAGGUCUCCGAGGAAAAGGCGACGCAACGAGAGGAGACGUUCGAGGGCCAGGUGAAGAUUCUCGAUAGUCAAUUGAAAGAGGCUGAGGCACGCGCCGAGUUCGCGGAGAGAUCCGUGCAGAAACUCCAGAAGGAAGUUGACAGGCUCGAAGACGACCUCGCGGGCGAGAGAGAGAAAAACAAAUUGCUACAGGAGGAGAUGGAGGCCACCCUGCAUGACAUCCAGAACAUGUAAAUCGUGUUUUUCGCGGUGGACGAAAACGCAUAAACGCGAAAACGCAUAAACGUUUUUAGGGAGCGAGAGAACAUCCGAGAGAAAGAGAGAGAGAGAGAGAGAGAUUGAGAAAAAAAAAGAAAAUCGAAAGAAAAACAAAUGCAAGCAAAUAGCAGAACGGCGGCAACGAGAAGUGAAUGAGAAACAAAUACGCCGUUACGGAGCGCGAAGCGCUUCGUAUGUGGUGCAUACCUUAACAUUAACGGAUAAAAAUGCAGUCUUUAGGCCUUAUACCCUCCAUUACGUCCAUCCGCAGUGCGUAUACGUAUUAUGCGUGCUUGUAUGCGCUCGAGCGUGUGUUGUAUCGUGUGCGUGUCGCGUGUCUAUUUGUAUGCACGUGACGCAAGACUGAUAUAGGAUGAGAGGAAGAGUAGAAAAUGUAUGUGUGUGCAUGCGAGAGGAAGAGUAAGGAAGAUACUGAACGAAAGGAUCAGUAUGGCAGAGUGAGUGAACGAGACAGAGAGAAAGAGUUUGAGUGAGAGAGAAAAAGGUAGAAAGAACGCGAGGAAGAAUAAAUAAUACGCCACAAGGACAGACGAGGCAGGAUAGUAGUUCCGUACAUAAUAUGAAGUUACUUGUAAUUCGAAGUCCGAUUUUUUUAGCUUUAGAUUUUAGCUUAGUCUGCCUUUGAAUUUUUAUUAGAGAAAAAUUUAAGGCAUGGCUACGACCAGUUUAAGGCGCCUUCGGACACGCUGCGGUUUAAAUUCGUUAUGAAAACGAUUACUGGCCGUGGGAGGAAUGCGUGAGUAGGGUAUUUAGAGAGGCGAAGAAUAUGAGAAACGGAGACGAGACGGAUCGGAUUGUUUGUACCGGGAGAAGAAGUUCGAUGAGAAAUUUUGGAACCAAUUUUCUCGAGCGUAUCAAUUUUAUGCGCCAAAGACGAUGUUUAAAUAUAUACAUAUACGACCUAUUAUAUAUAAUUAUAGUAUUGUACUUAAUAUAUAAUUAUAUAGUAAACUGCGCUCGCGACUCGUCGGGAUAUUCGCAGCAGUUGGGUUCCUCCCCGAUUUAUAAAAGAUAAAUGAUUAUUUUGUUGAGUUAGCGAAAUCUUUUAGAAGUGACUUUACGAAAAUUUUUUUAUUCUUUAAUUGAUUCACCCAGUCGAGCAUACAUUUUCAUCGAAUUUAGCGCGCGUGCUUCUCUCGGUACAAAGAUACGCGUAGCAGGAUUGUAUAUAAUGGAGGGGAAACAUAGUGUUCGUUUGCUUUUCGCAUCAUUUUACAUUCCGCAUUCCACGCGGCUCAGCUCGCGCGAGAAGAAGAGAGAGAUCCGUCGGUUUCUUCUGUCGGUUUUUACGAGACACUAUCAUCGUCGUGAUGUCACCUUCUCAUUGCCGCCGAUGAAAGCAAAGACGACGAAUGUUGCAAUAACCGUGCAUUUAAGAGGAUUCCUGCACUGCCAAAACCCUCCCAUCAAUUUUUCUUAAAAAAAAAAAAAAGAUAUUUUCUUAGUACGUCUUUGUCUUUGUUGUGCAAUAUUCAAUCAAACUAUUACAAAUCGUAUUUAUCAAUCGUAGUAUUGCCAUAGUUCAAAUCCUUUUUUUUUUCAUCGAGUAGCACGAAAUAACAAUCGAGAAAUUAUCCGGCCUAAGCAGAGACACAUAUGUAUAUGUGUACGCACGUACGCAGAGUGGUUUAACUUCGGGCCUAUGAAAAAUUGGUCGACGCAUAAUACUUAAGAUUAAUAACAAACAAAGGGAAGCAAACUGGCUAUUUUGUUAUACGCCGCAGCGCCGCUUCCCGUGCUAGCUGAGUCAUUCCGAUAUAUAUUUUUUACCGAUCGUGCCUGUAUAUAUUUACGAUAUAAAUGACUAACCACGGCCAAUAUCAAACCUCGACCGCAGGGAACGUGCUCUUCGUUUCGUAGAAAAAAAAAAAAAAAACGUUACAGCGAAUGAGAAAUCGGAAAUAAAUGGUCGAUCGUCGAAAUAAUGCAUAUCCGAUAUUUCACACUUCGCGGGGCGCGCAGUUCGCCUCGGAUUUAUUAUUAUUACUAUUACUAUUAAUUGAUACGAGAGUUGUCGUUAAUGUUACUGCUAUACUUCGCGCUCGCCGUCGAGCGCAUCGCUAAUGUUCCGCGUGGAGAAAUUUUCUCUUCCAAUCUUUUUUUCUUUUCUACUGAAAAGCGUAAUUUAUAUAUACAUGUCGCGUGUACUGCCCCGACCUCGAUGUCGUAAUCCGUCACGGUUAUUUUUGUAGCACUUUUUCUGCAACAUUAUUCUUGGAUGGCCUUUUGAUGAAGGAAAUGUGCAUCGUCCUCUUCCCCCAUUUCGAUAUAUAAAUACAUGCACACAUCGUCGCGUGAUCCACCGAGCGAUCAUAAAGAUAUCUGUAUCAUAGAAUAGAUCGAGUAUACGUUUCAGGAAUGACUCCUGAAGGAUAGGAAUACUUUGCCUUUCACGCGAAA